GGUGAAAUUUAUUUGAAGGUUCCCCAAAAUAGUUUCGAAGUUUCUGAAAUGUUCUUUUCUCCAUCUUAUUUCUGCAAUAUAUAUUUUUUCCCCUUAAAUUACUCCAUUCUUGUUUGAACCCAAACACACCCCUAAAAAAUAGGAAAACAGAACACAAGAAGGCGCUCAAAACCCAGUGUCACUCAAUUUCUACCAUUGUUAAAGAGCUUUUCGGCGAUGACCCUUUGAUCUUAUCCUUCAAUGGAGCUUCGUCCCAGACACAGGCAACCAUUUUCUGGCUUUACAGAAGCGGAGAUUGAGAAAAUGGAGAACGAACUUAAGCAAUCAGAAGAACAUGAUUUUGACCAACAUUUCUGCAAGAAAUUGGCAGGGGCUUUCAGUCACUCUAAAGGUCGUGCAGGAAAACCAAUCGUGAAAUGGACUGAGGUCCAAACUUGGCUCCAGAAUAGGCAGAAAAGCUGUCUCUCAAAGUAUAAUUCAGCAGAGGCUAAGAGGAAACUGCCUGAUGUGACAAAAGAAUGUUCUUUAGAAGAAGAAAAACAAAGAUUUCAUAUGCCUGAAGGUAAGAAGAUUCCAGAUCUGUCAGACUUACAAUUUGAGGCUAGGUCUUCAGUAGAUGGGGCGUGGUACGAUGUUGAUACAUUUACCUCACACCGGUUUCUUGAAUCAGGAGAACCUGAAGUUCUUGUGAGAUAUGUGGGAUUUGGACCAGAGGAGGACGAGUGGAUAAAUGUAAGGAAGUCAGUCCGUGAACGAUCUGUAGCUCUUGAAAAUAAAGAAUGUAUCAAAGUCAGGGUUGGGGAUUCUGCUUUGUGCUUCCAGGAGGGGAAGGACAAUGCUAGAUAUGUUGAAGCUCGUAUUCUAGAAAUUCAAAAGAAAUUUCAUGACAUAAGGGGCUGCAGAUGUCUCUUUGUGAUUCAAUAUGAUCAUGAUAACACACAGGAAAUUGUCAAUUUGAGGAGACUGUGUUUCCGGCCAAGCAUAUUAAGGCGUUUGUCACAGAUUUAGUUUUUGAGUAUGUUUGGUGCAGCCCACAUGUUUUGCCUUGGCGUUGCACAUAUAUUAUAUUAUUUUGCUCCUUGCGGCCAUAUUUAAUCUUAGACCAAUAUAUAUAUGCUUAGUUCAUAAUGUAGCUGGAGAUCAUAUGCCUAUUAUAUCGUAUAUCCGUGUUCUGGAGGUUGAACAGUUGUGUGUGUCAAACCGUUUCGUAUAACUCUUCUAGGUGGUCAGUGCAGUUUCAAGUUUUGGAAGAAAUGAUAUAUAAAAGUGCAUUUGUUCAAGUGUAUAUUGAGUAUUUAAGCACUCAUACAACCAUGCCUAAUGCACUUAUUUUUUGUUCUUAUUACUAGGAAUUAUUUUCUUCUUGUUCCUCAA